AUGAGGUUCCUGUGUCUGCCUGGUGCAUAUGGUAGCGCCGACAAAUUCCAAGUUCAACUAGCUCCCUUCCUGAAGGAGCUUACCGAUGAUGGAACUGCCUCAUUCUACUUCUGCCAUGGUCCAUGCAAGGCAGUUCCACCUCCCGGGUUUGAAGACUACUUUGGGCAUCCACCAUACUACAGGUUCAUUGAACCAGAUGAGAAGCCAGAUGCGCCUCGAAUUAUUAAAAAAGCCAAGAAAGACGAUGUGCUCGCUCGAAUCCGCGAAUUUCCAUCAUGGUGUGAGACUCCAGAGGACACCAUGCGAGAGUUGAUGCGUGAGGGUCUGGCAACAUCCCACCGCAGCACCGACCGUGCAAUCAAGUAUCUGUCAGAGGUGAUGGCCAAACAUGGCCCUUUUGACGGGAUAAUUGGCUACUCAGAGGGUGCGACUGUGGCUGCGACUAUGCUUCUGCACGAGCAGAGGUUGUUCCGAAAAGUGGGACUCGAGCCCAUGUUCAAAUAUGCCAUUUUCUUCGCAGGCUGGCCUCCUGUCGAUCCCAUCUCUCACCACCUUGUUUUAUCAGACGAGAGUGAGGACAGGAUAGACAUUCCAACAUUGCACAUUGUCGGCUCUUUGGACCCAUACAUCGAUGGUUCCAUGGCCUUGUACAACGUUUGUGACGCCGACACCGCGUAUCUUUUUGAUCACGCAAAAGGACAUACGCUCCCCAGAGACAGGGAGACGAAUCUUGCUGCGACUGUACCACCCGCCAUAUUCGAGCCUAUCGCAUUCCAAAUCACGUUGGUCAAGACUUCGUCUUCGACACACACUCUCAGGGACAAGGACACUCCUGUGGUUUUACCUGCCUUCAAUACGAUUACGACUAUCUUCGAUGGUAGAUAUGCCGAGACCGAGCUGAUUGGCAGGGAGCUCCAGACCUCACUAAAGCGUCCCCCUGGAAUCAACCUAGCAUAUGGCAUGGUUUCGGAAGCGUCUCCGGGAUCAGGCCCAGGCAUCAGACGAUCGCUAUGGCACCUGUCAUACCAAACCGUGCUGCCGUCACAUGUUGAUGCCUCAGGAUUCAGAUGCCCGAUCCAGCCUCGCCAGUCGAAUCUGCCUUGCCACCAAAACGGGCUGCGCCGUGUCCCGGUUUGA